AUGAACAACCAGGCUAGGGCCCCAACCCCUUCCCCGGCCCAGAUGUCGACCUCGGUCCGGGCUUCGACCCCAGUCAGGGCCUCGACUUCAGCCCGGACCCCAAAACCCAUCCAGAUCCUGACCCCCGCUCGGAACCUGACUCCCGUCCCCACCCGGGCCUGGACCCCGACUCCCGUCCAGGCCCCGGCCUCGGCCUGGACCCCGGCUCCCGUCCAGACCCCGGCCCGAACCCUGGCUCCCGUCCCGACCCUGGUCCGGACCCCGACUCGCAUCCAGACCCUGACCUCUGCCCGGACCCCGACUCCUGGCCAGACCCGGGCCUCAGCUCGGACCCCCACUCCCGUCCAGACCCCGGCCUUGGCCUGGACCCGCACUCCCGUCCAGACCCUGGCCCGAACCCCGGCUCCCGUCCAGACCCUGGCCCGGACCCCGACUCCCAUCCGGACCCCGACUCCCGUGCAGACCCAGGCCUUGGCCUGGACCCCGAAUCCUAGCCAGACCCUGUCCCGGACCCCAAAUCCAGUCCAGAUGCUGACCCCGGCCCAAACCCGGACACCCAUUCCGACCCCGACCUCCGCCCGGAGCCUCACUCCCGUCCAGACCCCAACCCCGGUCUGGACCCGGACUCCGACCCGGAUCCGGACCCCGACUCCUGCACAGAUGCCGACCCGGGUCCGGACCCCUAUUCCGGCCCGGAUGCCUACUCCAAUCUGGACCCCGCCUCCUGCCCCGGCCCCGGCCCCAACUCCAGUUCCAUCCCAGGUCGGGAUCGAGAUCACGGCCGCGGUCCCUGCCUCGGAAUCCUUCCCAGACUCGGUCGUGCCUUUGGAUCCGCACCGAGAACCCGCACUGGAGGAGCCCGCUUUGUCUCCCAACAAGGAUCUUUCACCCAAGCCGAGUGUGAAGCACUUCCCAUCCGUUGCCAGUGGAUUCGGGUCCAAGCGAGAGUCCAUUCUUGUCCACACUCCAUCGGCCACUGAUUUCCUGGGGCUUACCCUUGGCUCCACGUCGAAGGCAGACUCCUCGGCCACGAAGUUGACAGAUGCCACUCCCGAGUUUGUUCGGGUGCCCAUCCUGGGUCCUGACCCGUUUGCCCCCACCUUACCCGAGUCUACCAACACUUUCGCUCCCACCAUUGAGAGCUUCCCGAUGGACAGCAAGAUCGUGAUUCGAGUGAUCUACUGCGGCCUCUGAAGCUAUGGCCUUCGGUUCAUUCUACUGAGAAAGAGUCUGGAGCAGCAAUUUCCAAAUCGACUUCUCUUUCAGGAGGAAAGAGCUGCCCAGGCUACAGGGGAGUUUGAAGUGUUUGUGGAUGGGAAAUUGGUCCAUUCAAAGAAGAAAGGUGAUGGCUUUGUGGAUGAGGCCAGGCUGCAGAAAAUUAUGAGCAUUAUCGAGGAGGAGAUCAGCAAAAGGUAG